AUGGCGCUCGGGCUGCUCAUCGCGGUGCCGCUGCUGCUGCAGGCGGCGCCCCCCGGCGCGGCGCACUACGAGAUGAUGGGCACCUGCCGCAUGAUCUGCGAUCCGUACAGCGCCGCACCCGGCGGGGGGCCCGUGGGCGCCAAGGCGCUGCCGCCGGGACCCAGCACGGCCGCCCUGGAAGUCAUGCAGGACCUCAGCGCCAACCCUCCAUCCCCUUUCAUCCAGGGACCCAAGGGAGACCCUGGGCGACCUGGCAAGCCGGGACCUCGGGGGCCCCCUGGAGAGCCAGGCCCCCCUGGGCCCAGGGGCCCCCCGGGAGAGAAGGGCGACUCGGGGCGGCCGGGGCUGCCGGGGCUGCAGUUGACGGCAGGCGCAGCAGGCGGCGUCGGGGUGGCGGGCGGCGGAGCCGCGGUCGGCGGCGACUCCGAGGGCGAGGUGACCGGCGCGCUGAGCGCCGCCUUCAGCGGCCCCAAGAUCGCCUUCUACGUGGGUCUCAAGAGCCCCCACGAAGGGUACGAGGUGCUCAAGUUCGACGACGUGGUCACCAAUCUCGGCAAUCACUACGACCCCACCACGGGCAAGUUCAGCUGCCAGGUACGCGGCAUCUACUUCUUCACCUACCACAUCCUCAUGCGCGGCGGCGACGGCACCAGCAUGUGGGCGGACCUCUGCAAGAACGGGCAGGUCCGGGCCAGCGCCAUCGCGCAGGACGCGGACCAGAACUAUGACUACGCCAGCAACAGCGUGGUGCUGCACCUCGACUCAGGGGACGAGGUGUACGUGAAGCUGGACGGCGGGAAGGCGCACGGAGGCAAUAACAACAAGUACAGCACCUUCUCGGGCUUUCUUCUGUACCCGGACUAGGGGCGCGGGAACCGCAAGGGGGCUUGGCGGUAGGCCGCCCCAUCUCCCCGGGGGAGGGGCGCACGGCUCCUCGGCGAGGGCCACUCUGACUUCAUACGUCCUGACAUCUCUGUUGGAAAAGACUCAUCCCUGCUGUCCUCCCUGCCCCGCCCCCAGCUCGCCGCGCCCUGGGCUACGCCCCCACUCCUGUCCCCAACCCGGGAAGGAAAACGGGGAAGCCAAGUGGCUUGCUGAACGUGAACCCGACCCCGGCGGCGGCACAGAUGUCGCAAACCUGAUUGGACUGUACAGGGCAGGGGGACGAAGGGGGCGCCUGCUUUCUUCCAGUUAUCCAGCUCCGAGGGCCCGAGGCAGGGCCGCGGCUCUGGCUAGGGAGGUAGGCCCCAGUCAGCACGGGCUCCCUGGGGCGUUCUUUCUUGUGACCUGGUAUCCUUGUGCGAAUUUCCCUGUCCAUCUGCCAAAAACUCACCUGCAGCAGAAUCCCAGCAAACGGAAAAUUCACAUCUCCACACGGCUCUCCCAAUUCAGUUCCACUGCGAUGCAUUAAAUUAUGUUUUUAGACCAUUGGC